AUGAAGUCUCUCCUCGCCCUUGUGGCAGGAAAUCUCGUCACUGCUGUGUCUGGUCAUGGGUAUUUGACUGUCCCCGCAAGCCGUACCCGUCUGGGCUUCGAGGCUGGAAUAGAUACGUGCCCGGAAUGCUCGAUCCUCGAGCCGGUAUCUGCAUGGCCAGAUCUGACUGCGGCCCAGGUUGGUAGAAGUGGUCCCUGCGGUUACAACGCUCGGGUGAGUGUGGAUUACAAUCAGCCUGGAGAUUACUGGGGAAACGAGCCGGUGGUCUCCUAUACUGCUGGUGAUGUCGUUGAAGUACAGUGGUGUGUAGACCACAAUGGGGAUCAUGGUGGAAUGUUUACAUAUGGUAUCUGCCAGAACCAAACCUUGGUGGACCUGUUCUUGACCCCUGGCUAUCUGCCAACAAACGAAGAGAAGCAAGCUGCAGAAGACUGCUUCUUAGAAGGUGAACUCAGUUGCCUUCAUGUCCCCGGACAGACCUGCAAUUACAACCCCGAUUGCAGUGCAGGUGAGCCAUGUUAUCAAAACGACUGGUUCACCUGCAAUGCUUUCCAGGCAGACAACAAUCGCGCAUGCCAAGGGGUCGACGGGGCAGCGUUGAACUCCUGCAUGACCACGAUCGCCGGUGGAUACACCGUGACCAAGAAGAUCAAGAUCCCCGAUUACUCAUCCAGCCAUACCCUCCUCCGAUUCAGAUGGAAUUCGUUCCAGACAGCCCAGGUGUAUCUGCACUGCGCUGAUAUUGCUAUUGUGGGUGGUAGUGGUUCAUCACCUAGCCCUACUUCGACCACAUCCACUGCUACCUCAACGACUACACCUUCUUCCACCAGCUGCGCGUCCGCAAUCUCUAUACCGGUGACGUUCAACGCGCUUGUUACAACUACCUAUGGUGAGAACGUGUACCUUGCCGGAUCCAUCAGCCAGCUAGGUUCCUGGUCGACUAGCUCUGCCGUUGCUCUAUCUGCCAGCAAAUAUAGUUCGUCCAGCCCACUAUGGACCGUGACAGUCGACCUCCCAGUCGGGGCCACAUUCGAAUACAAGUAUAUCAAGAAGGAGUCGGAUGGAAGUAUUGUCUGGGAGAGUGGCCCGAACAGGAGCUACACUGUGCCGACUGGCUGUUCGGGGACAACCGCCACAGAGAGUGGUGCAUGGCGGUAG